CAGAGCGGGGUGCGUUCUUUCUGGAUACACCUUUCUUCCUGGCCAGCCGAAUUCACUGUUCAGGACGGUGAUGGCUUCGGUGAGUUCGCAGGCGAAUGACUUCUCACAGAGCAUGGGAAGCUGGAAGCCAAACAAGAUGCAGUUGGAAGGGGCAUUUGCACUCGUCUUCGAGGAGCCUCAAGACAAAGCGAGCGAAACAACCGAGGUGGAGCCGGAACCUAUACCUUUGGCAGACAGUGAGGACCGUUUGAAGACUGAGCUGAAUCGCUCAGCGGAAUCCAUGCUGCCGGCUGGCUUAUUGGAUGACAUCACAGGUGUCACAAGUGACUUGCACAAGGAACCUGUAAAUCGCAGCAUCCCGUGCAAUCAAGGCCUUCAGCCGCCUGUAAAGCCAGUCGACGUUUCAACGACAGUAUCAAUGCUUGCGAGUGUGCUGGGCAAGAACACUGCACUUCACUAUGAAGCAGAUGGGCAAAGGAUUUCUACAACAGGUGGUAAUGACUUUGUCACUGCAAAUUUUCCAGAGAGUCGCGAAUUGGCUCCUGUGGCUCCUAGUUGGCAGAGCUCCGGGCAGGAGAUACCGGACAAUGCUCAAAGCUUCUGCAACUACUACGCCAUGCAACAAUAUGGCGACAUUCCAUAUCAGGGCACCAUGUAUGCCAAGCCGAACGGGUUUCCGGGAGGUUCUUGGUCGGCAAAUGCAGCUGGAGGUGCCGGUGCGCCAUCUAUGAGGGGGAGGUUCUGCGUUUUUUGUGGAAAGCCCAAGCACAGUCCAAACCAGAGAUUUUGCUCUCACUGUGGCAAUGCUGUUGUGGCUUGAGCCGGAUUACCCACAACAAGUUCGUAAGGACGCUGAACAAUAAGCCUGACAGCCCCUGGCUAGCAAGCUGUCAAUGUUUUUACGGGAGCAGAGGCAAAGGUAGUUUUGCUAUGUCAGUCUUGAUCAAGACAGAAGGCCACUCUGAGUCUCGUGAUAUGAGUCUGCGGGCUGAUUUAUUGGUUGCAAGUUGCAAACAGCUUCACUGCCCUCGGAGUCUUGACUUCAGC